AUGCGUAAGACAGUUUACCUGAGUGGCUUUGUUGAAUCGCAUUUCGGCAUUUACCUUUGCAGUAUUCUGUUUGUUGGGCUGCUUUUAUUUAAUUCGAGGAAGUGGGGACUAUUUAGGUACCUGCGCUUUUUUGCAUAUUAAAUACUGUCACUGGCUUUAGAUUUAAUUUUAAACAGGUACCUACAUAUAGCAGUUGUAACGUCUGCUGCAUAACCAUGCUGCAUCUUGGAUCUCUAUUGAGAGCAAGGAAGAACUGCGCAUCAUGAGACCUUCGUAAACUGAACAUGAAACACUGCUCCCAAGCCUCGUGAACAGCUAACCCAACCAAUUGUUAAAAUGUUUAUGCUUGAAUAACUUCUUUGAUAAUGAAAUGGGUGGAAUGUGAUGUGUGUUUCACAUUUUGCAGGUUUUUAAACGUGCUAGAUGGAUUCAUAUCACUCAAUCAGUUGCUUCUGUGGAUCAAGAAUUCUUAAGUAUCUAGUAAAUGUAUGUAUACAAAUGUAAUAUAUUACAUGGGUGGC